AUGACAAUAAAUGAAAUGAAUUGCGACGGCCCGCAGCCCAUGGAGAAUGCCGCUGAUUUCCUACGUCGUCUAUCCAUUGCAGACGCCAAAGUAUUGCUAGAAAGGACAAGGAAGGAAAAGGAACAAAAGACGAAAGAAAUGCAAAAAAUGAUCAGUGUUCGAUACCGUGAUCUUAUUGAAUCGGCAGAUAAGAUUGUAAACAUGCAUUCGGCCGCUCUGCGUCUUGAAGUGUCGCUCAAGGAAAUGCCCGAGAUGUGGAAGCAAAUGGAAAUGGAUCUAAUGAGUGCCUUGACUGUGGAAAGCCAGAAAAUUAAAGUUAGUAAGGAAGAGACUGGAGAUGCUGUUUUUGAAGAGAAGGCUCUGUCUGAUAAAGUGGCAUUUCUGGUGGAAGUACCGGAGAAAAUGUGGCAACUCUUGGACAAAGGAGAGUCGCUAUCGGCUCUGUUGCUGUAUCAAGAAGCGAAAAGGAUUCACGAGGAAUGUAUGACGAGGAAUGCAGAGCAGGAUUUUCUAUUCCUGCAGACGCAGUGGUCGUGCAUUCAGUGCUUUCGACCGAGGAUGGCUGCGUGUGCGAAUAGCUACCUGACUUGUCGAGGGAAAGCAAGUCAAUUUUACGCGGACAACUUGUGUGCGCUGGCGGUGCUACAUGACCCGCCAUUCGGAGCCGAUAAGCUUUUUGAAGUGUUUUUGGAAAGUCGUUCCAAGUGGUUGACUCCUAUUUGUAAAAGCGGUAGCGAAAAACAGCUUGCGCAAACGUCUUCCAAGAAAGAACGCGCACUGAUGAUCAUUUUAAAAACCAUCAGUAUGACGAUAACACAUACGGAGGAAAUCUUUGGCAAUGAGAGCAGUGUCGGCCUCUUAAGCUCGAUUUCUCAACUUCCACCCAGUGUCAAGAACGAGCUAGAAGCAUGCAUAUCGUCAGGGAAGUUUCUACAAAUGAUAAGCAAAUGGUUUCAGGAGAAACGGCGACAGGUAGGUAUGGUGAUCUCGUCAAUUAUUUCGAGUAUCGACUCGAUUUUGCUUCUGUCGCAAAUUCAAUCCAAGAUGAUUACUGUCAACAAAAUCAGUGGCGGUUGCCAGAACGUGCAACUCUGGCAUCGGGUCCUUAGCGAAGCACAUUUAUCCCGACCUGAAGGUCAUGAGAAGGGAUUAGCAGCUCCUGUCGAAUCUGUCUUUUCCGUUCUCUACGCUGAGGCAUUCCGAAAACGUACUCGCGAUUUGGUACAGAAUUCGUUUGUUGAAGCUCUGGAAGCGAUCAAAAGUCGGCUUCGCGCGAGCUUGGAAGACACGGUGGCUAGUAUUUCUCGAAGCGACUAUCGAUUGAAGAAUGUGAACUUUUACGACUACUUCGAGACGAUACAGAACCGAGCUGCUGAUCUGGAUGCAAGUGAUUUGCAGAGCGUACUAACGGAAGAGUUUCUUCGUACGCUAUUUAGACUAGUGAUGUUCUUCGAGCAGGAUUAUCCGCUUCCAGGAAGCCAAAGUUCUGUUGCUGUGAAAGGUGGAACUCAACUACCAAGCGUCUAUUUUAGCAUUUCCAACAUUAUCGCGGGGAUUGUGGCUGGAUUCCCUCAUGAAAUGACCAAAUUGUUUCCAGGAGAUUCAAGCACUGUUUCGAUUCCGGAGAGAGACCUCGUAUGGUUGGCAAUUGGCCCGGCAUUUGAAAAAUAUGCUAACGAUGGUUUUGUGGACAAAGCGCAGCUAGAGUCUGCUAUAAAGGACAUCAUCGAGGGCAAGAAAGACGUGCAAGCAUGUUUUAUUGACGAUGAAUUAAGACGGGUGGAUAGUUUGGGGCCUCAUUCCCUUUAUUUGGUGUCAAAGAUCAAGCAACAAGCAUCCUAUCCUCAAAUGUUUGUCAACGUUUUACACGGGCUUUCCAAGAAAUAUUGCGAGGCAUGGGCUUCAAUUCUUCUGGGGCAGAAAAUCGAGCCAUUGCGUGAGUUAAUGCAGAUCGAGCAGUAUGAUUCGACCAACGAGGAAUGGAUCGCAAACCAUGAGGGAUGGAUAGAACAAGUGAUUUCUGACGAAGGUCUUGGAGAAGACAGCGACGAAUCUUUAUCGGAGUCUGAGUUAGAUCCUGGUGAUGAAAAAGUCUGGCUGCCGUGGUGCGAAACACCGACAGUCUCAAGCUUCCUCUUCUCAUGUUGUUACAGCCUGGAUGAUGCAAACCUAUUGAUUCAGAGCUCCGUCGGAGCAAAGGAAGAGCAGAUUAAGCUGAUGCAGCGCACAAUUCGUGAAGUUCUGGUGGAGCAACUUACAAUUGUCAGCGUGGCAGUAUACGAUGCUGCGGUUUCUCUUCUUGUCAAAGCGAAGACAACUCAAAAGGAAUCUGUGCUGAACUUUGGUGAAUGUUGCAUUCAGCAGUUCCUCUUUGACAUGUAUUUCGUACGCGCGACGUUGGGCUUUUCGGAUUUCAUUCGUUUUGGCUGGGGUGAUGAGCUAAACCCGGAAAAGUGUUCUCCUGGGUUACUUAAGCUGAAAAGCCUGUUCGAACGCAUGCGAGAUUUCAUAGAUCUAGUGGAUUGGGAGAUCUAUGGUCCUCAACUGAUCGAGAACGUCGUGCUACAAUUCCGAAAGAGUCGGUUGCUCUUCUCAUCGUUGUCAGAGUCAAACGAUAUCAACAAAAUCAGUAAGUUAGACUGGCCGCUUGCACAUGGGAAAGAAAUCAUUAUCGGGGCUCAAGACAUUCGGCCGCUAGCUCGGGUUGCAGAGCCUGUUGCGAGAUUUUCAUUGCUUCCUGUUCCUUCGAAUCGUCGUAGAUUCCAGCGCACCAUGUCACGUUCAAGUGUGGAUGACACAGCAGACAGCCGAAGCCGAGCAAACAGCUCUUCUCUUUUCCACGAACGGGCAGGUGGAGAUGAUGCAUCUGGAUCGCAGUCUUCUUCCAUGAAACUUCAAAAUCUACUCUCAUCAUCGACAGGCUCAAACAUCUUCUCUGCCGCGACGUCCGGUACUAACCUGCUUACGUCCGCAGCAAAGGGCAUCGGGUUCUUGUCUUCUGCGACGAGCAACCGAUAUUUUUGA